AUGAGUUAUGAGGUCUUCCCACGGACUCUGGCUCUGUCAGGGAAAACCCGAGUGGGUAAACGAAGUGUCUUACCGUCUGUGUAUCCGGUGUGCACCGGAGUGUUUCUGGACCUUAAUACAUCUAAGGACAGUAUGUCUGACAACCAGCAAAAGAACAAAAGCAAAAAAGGUCAUGGAAGUGUUGCUGCUCUUCAGAAUGCAGAUAGCAUAAUGAAAGAAAUGCAUCAGUCAUACAAAGCUCUGAGAAAAAAUGACCAAGUAGCACCUGCAUCCAGAGGGUGGCCAGAUCAACAAGUGGCACAUUUUCCAAGUAAAAAUCAGCUAGCAUCAGAGACGAGACAUCACACUUCUUUACCUUUCUUCCUGAAGAGAGUGAGUGUAGGGCAUGGCUUUGACUUCAGCUUUCUGCUACAAGCCUCAUGCCCAGAAUCUAACAUUUCAAAAUCAUUUAUGGAUCUAAAUAAUUUCCAGAUAAUUAAAGCAGAAAUACAACAAAGGCUAAAUAAAACAGUGCUAAAAACCAGGAACAGACCUGAGUUGCAUUUGCCACCAGUGACGUUUCAGCCUGUAAGAAUAAUUCAUCUUGCUCUGCUUGAGGAUAAUAUUGUCAGUGAAAGCACCAAUAUCAGAAAUAUUUUGAAUAUUAUGAACUCUGUUCCUCAGCCUGUAAACCCAGUUACUAAAUUUUCUCAGUAUCGGUUAGGCAAGCUAUUAAAAAGGCACGCUGAAAAGUCAUCACAUCUGAUUGUCACUACUAUUUCUGAUAAGUUCACUCCAGUGAAAGACUUGUACUACUUCAACAUGAGCAACUAUUUUAAGUACCCUAGCAACAAGAAAGAAGAAAGUCAAAGCAAUUUAAAAUGGAGGGAAGCUGACGCAGCUACUAAUACUGAAGGGAAUGAUCAGGUGAAAUACCAGUUUUCAGUGACUUGUAAGAAUGUAGAUCUUAUGGCUCAAGCUGGUUUCUGUGAUUAUAGUCAUGCCUACUUGAGCUCCAGUAAUCCUCUGAUAAACUGUGGAAUAUUUACAGCUCAGGCAACAUUUACAAUGUCAAGCAACAGAGAUGCUUCAGGAACUUGCAAUAAGGAAGGAAGAACAGAGAAUUGCUGUAGAACUGCCUUAGAAGGAGGAAAUGCUGGAGAGAUGAUACUGGAUUAUAGUCCACGUGAGGAUGCUGAGAGUGAGAGCUUUGUACUUGACAAUCAUGAUUUAGAUUCUUCCUGUAAAAUUGAAGUGAUAGAAGCCCACCAUGCCUUAGGAGAUAAUUCAAUAGCUGCAGAAACUCCCAGAGUAGAAGUGAAAGAUCAUACUGGAAACCAGACAGAAAAUAAUAUUUGUCUCUCUGAGUUUGAAAGGGAAAAAGAAACAAUGUCAGAAGUAACUUCAAAAGACCAAGGUGAGCUUGUACAUGUUGUUCAUGUUACAUUCUCUGAACAAGAACCAGCUAGGGAACCACACAUUGCUAAACAACCUGCCACAAAAAAGAGUGUCAUUCGUAGCCUGCCUCCUCAUGUUAGUCAGAGCUUCAACAUUCUUGCUCGCAAAGAAAAUGAAAAAACUAAAAUAAAGAUGAAUAGAAAUAAAUAUACAGAAAAAUCCAAAAUGAAUAGCAAGAUAAAAAUAUCUGAAGACUUAAUUGUUUCUGAUGAGAUUUCCACAAAACAUAAUGCCAAAAGUAAGAUUUGCUCAUCUUUGGACCGACCACAUGUGGAAUCUGAGAAUUCACCAAAGCAUCAACCCUGCCAUCCUCUAGCAGACAAAUACCAUUUUCCUCAGAGUGCUCAGAAACUUAAAAAGCAAAAUUCCUCCUGCAAUUGCAGAAAAUCAGUUAUCUUAAAGAAACCUGAGACUCCACUUCCUCUGCUGUCCACUUCAGGUUUUGUAGAUUUGAAAUACAGUGAUAUGUUCAAGAAAAUAAAUUCAAACGAUCAAGGUCCAGGUAUUUAUGAAAUGUUUGGAACUCCUGUCUACUCCCACAUGCGUGAGCUUGACCAACAUGAGAAUGGAAUUUAUGGAGAUGUUUGUUCUGCUCCAUCUGGGAGAUGCACUGCUAGGACUUGCAGAUCUACCAGCAGUAGAAGGAGAGAGAGCAGCCAAGUAAGAAAUACUCCAAAGAGAGCAUGUUCCAGGUCAAAAAAGACUGUACCUAGCACUAAACAAAAGCAGAAAGAUUUAGUUAUGAAGGCUGGAAGUAUCAAGCUGAGUGACAGUAACACAGAGCAAGAUAACGUAAUAAUUUCAGAUUCAGAUUUUCAAAGAAACACUUCAAGGAGCAUGACAUUGUUUCAUGAAGACACAGAUGAUCAGUUUACGAUUUUAGAAGAGCUUUCACAAUCAACAAAGCAAAAUAAAAGUUUUUCAAAUUCAAACUUAUCAGCUAUAAAAGAAGUUUCUUUGGAGCAGUCUUUAGACAGUCAGGAUGUAUCCAACCCAGAGAGAACCUCCAACUGUAGCCAAAACCUUCACUUCAAAGAUAAAGACUACAGAGAACGUGUUGCUUUAAGUAGCAGUCUUGUAACAACAGACCAGAAUACUUGUGUACCCUAUUGUGAGGUGGAUAUGGAUGGCUGCAAAGGCAUGGAAUCAGAUGAGGCUUCCUUCAAGUCUACAAAUAAAUGUGAAGCAUUGCCCUUUUCAUAUGGACUGGAAUGUCAAUCCUCUACACACACAUCUCACAACAGUGGUUUGGUAAAUGAAUUCACUCAGCCUUCAGUAAUUCAAACAAAAAGUGUUAAAAGCCCCAGUUUCCAGAAAAGUCAAGAUAUUUUGUCCUGUGCAGAUAAUAAGGAUGUGACUGAUGAGUUGCUCUGUUGUCUGGCUGAAGAAUUGCUAAUGCUUGAAGAAAAGGACAUCAGAUCUUCAGAAACAAAAAUUACAGGUUCUAAAAUGCAAAAUACACAUAUUAAAGAAGAAGAAAAUAUGGUGAAUGGAGAUAGACCAAUAGAAAAUAGUGCACUAGAGAAGCAAAGUUAUGCUAAAGCCUUUCUGGCAUCAAAUGAAGAAAGUGACCUGCUAAAUUCUGAGGAAUCUGAUAAAUUACCAGGAAGCAGUUUAACUUACAAAGACCCUGUCACAUGGACAAGAGGUGAAGUCCUUGGAAAGGGAGCCUAUGGCACGGUAUACUGCGGUCUGACAAGCCAUGGACAAUUAAUAGCUGUAAAACAGGUAGUUUUGGAUACAUCUGACCAACUCACUACAGAAAAGGAGUAUCAGAAGCUUCAUGAGGAAGUCAAUCUUUUGAAGACAUUGAAGCAUGUCAAUAUUGUAACAUAUUUAGGAACUUGUCUAGAAGACAACAUUUUAAGCAUUUUCAUGGAGUUUGUUCCCGGUGGCUCAAUUUCUAGUAUUAUUCAUCGUUUUGGUCCAUUGCCAGAAAUUGUCCUUUGUAAAUAUACAACACAAAUUCUACAAGGUGUUGCCUAUUUACAUGACAAUUUUGUGGUACAUAGAGAUAUCAAAGGCAAAAACGUGAUGCUGAUGCCAAAUGGUGUAGUAAAGCUAAUUGACUUUGGCUGUGCCAGGCGUUUAUCUUGGGUAAGCCUCAGUGGCACACAGAGUGAGAUGCUGAAGUCUUUGCAUGGGACUCCAUACUGGAUGGCACCAGAAGUUAUAAAUGAAUCUGGAUAUGGAAGAAAAUCAGACAUCUGGAGCAUUGGCUGCACCGUAUUUGAGAUGGCAACAGGAAAACCACCACUGGCCUCCAUGGAUAGGAUAGCAGCCAUGUUCUACAUUGGGGCCUACAGAGGACUGAUGCCUUCCCUACCUGACCGAUUCUCCAGCUCUGCAGUGGAUUUUGUGCACACAUGCUUAACCAGAGAUCAACAUGAACGCCCUUCUGCUCUGCAGUUGUUGGACCAUCCCUUUGUGAAAGGAAGACAGUGA